AUGAGUUUCUUUUCCGACCUCCGAUUGGAAGAUCUUUCCGCACGACUAGGUCAUGAUGCACUCAAGUCACUUGUUGCACAGAUAUCAGGUAUGGUCAAGUCUCGUGUGGAAGUCCUCCACCGCAACCUUGGUCCAUCCAGUAUAUGGAACCAGUCUGGCGAUGUGCCGAGAUUAUCGCCUCAAAGAGCACGCGAUCUGAUCAGCAUUUACUUCGAAAAUAUUCACCCGUUGUAUCCAUUUUUGGACCGUGACGAAUUCGAGACCAGAGCAUUUGCUCCUACUGAGACUGGUCAUGCUAAUGAACUGGCGUGGACAGCUUUAUAUCAUACUGUAUUAGCUUUAGCUUGCGAAUUUGAUGGCGGAGGCGCAUUCACACCUGGUGAAGGUGAAGCCUGGGGUCUUUUCAAGGUGGCACUUGAUCUUUACCCGAAAGUCUUGUUGCUAAACACAGACCUACUAGAGGUUCAGGCCGUCUUCUGUCUUAAUUUGUCCGGCACGCAGAUACAGGGAAAAAUAAUAUCUGAGGCAGCACGGGUUGCACAGCGAGCAUUCUUACAUAAAUCGUCUACCAGCAGCGACGCUGCAGCCCGUAGUCGAGCUUUUUGGGUGGUAUAUUACAUCGAAAAAACGGUGACUUUUCAUCACGGCACUACCUCGUUUAUCAUGGACUGUGACAUUGGCUCGCCUAUACCCGUUGUUCGUGAGGCAGUUUUCGGCGAAUUUGACUGGUUUCUUACUUCAAUACGGUUUGCAAGACUCUAUUCGCGCAUAUUUACCGACUUGUUCUCCAUAAGUGCAACGACCAACUCAAAGGCAACGUAUCUCGUCAAUAUUGAUGAACUGGAGAGGCUCCUUGAGCAGCAAAGACAAGCAAUUCCUCGUCAGUUUCAACCUGGCACGAAGUUACGACCACAAGCGUUCUCCCAUCCAUGUGGAAUCCUCGCAGCUCUUCGAGUGCACUACCACUAUCACGAGCUCAAAAUAUCUCUACACCGUAUGAGACUUCAUGUUACUCGCGACCAGACUACAUCUCAACAGUCAACCAUCAUUGAUAUGAUGAACUCAGCACGUGCCGUGAUUGAUGCCACACGGGCCAUUUACCAAGAACCAUCCACCCCGUUUUUUAUUAUUGUCUUCAUGCCUAUGACUGCACUGUUUAUCUUGUUCGACUUCAUUAUCCACAAUCCGGCCCACGUGGAUGUUGGCAGUAGCCUUGUCUUACUUGAAAGUGUUACUGGCUAUUUUAGCGCUCUUGAGUACGCUACUGGCGGGUAUUUACCAGGCUCUAUGCUAAUGCAAUUUGCGUCCAUCGCGCGCGCAUUUCACUCUUCUCCGCCGGCUGCUCACGUCAACGACAUCAACAGCGCCAGCGACAUGGAUACAGCUGUUGAACGAUCUGUAUCUGAGACUUAUGGCACAAGCACAUUUACACAUAGCCAGAGUCCCUGGAAGGUUAGCAUUGCCUCCAAAGCUUGGAGAUUUACGGUUGCCUCUCACUCGAUGACCAAUGAUUUAUCCCAGAACUCUUCACACUUGUUUUAUAAUAGCUCCGUGUUUGCAGAUGGCAGGCUCACUCCUGGUCUGGAGAUCAUGGAUCUCUUUGGAGGACCCGUGCUUGGCAUUGACUUUUUCCCAACUACAAAUUGA